GAGACUGGGCGGCCCCCGCCUCCCCCACCUGAUUGCAGUUUCGAUUUUUCGUUGGCAGUCCUGGUUUCCAUGCAGCUGCGCCUCUCGGUGCUGGGUGCUUUUCUUGGACAAUCCCUCCCGGCUCGCGGGGCUUUCUUGGGAGCUGAGCGCAGGGAGCGGAGCGCAGGCGAGGCGAGGACCUCGCGGGGAGCGGAGCCGCCGGCAUGACCGCCGAGCAGCUGCAGAGUCUGCAUGCCUUCCGGGACCAUGUCAGGAACUUCGUGGACUCUACCUACAUCCUGAGCUACGUGACGCCCUGGUUUAGGGACGAUGAGGUGCAGCAUAUUCAGGCUGAGAAAAACAACAAGGGCCCAAUGGAGGCUGCCUCACUUUUUCUCCAGUUCCUGUUGGAGCUCCAGGAGGAAAGCUGGUUCUGCAGCUUUUUGGAUGCCCUUGACCAAGCAGGUUAUUCUGGACUUGAUGAUGCCAUUGAAAGUUGGGAUUUCCAAAAAAUUGAAAGGUUGGAGGAGUAUAGAUUACUUUUAAAGCAUUUACAACCAGAAUUUAAAUCCACGAUCAAUCCAAAAGGUAUCCUUCCUGAAAUAUCUGAACGUUUAAUUAAUCAGGAAUGUGAAGAAAUUAUUCAGAUUUGUUCCAUCAAGGGGCUGAUGGCAAGUGCAGAGAAAAUGGUUGAAUGCCUUCUCAGAUCAGACAAGGAGAACUGGCCCAAAACUUUGAAACUUGCAUUGGAGAAAGAAGAGAGCAAGUUCAGUGAACUGUGGAUGGUAGAGAAAGGUGCAAAAGAUGUCAAAAUGAAAGAUCUUGAGGAUGAUGAAAUGAAAACUUUGGAUGUACAGAUUUUCUGCAGGGAAGAACCAGAAAACCAGAAUCUUAGUCAGAAUUCAUGCCCUUCUUCAGAAGUGCCUCAUACUUGCAGCCCAUUGAAGCCAAGAAAUUACCAACUAGAGCUUGCUUUACCUGCUCAGAAAGGAAAAAACACAAUAAUAUGUGCUCCUACUGGUUGUGGAAAAACCUUUGUUUCACUUCUUAUAUGUGAACAUCAUCUUAAAAAAUUUCCACAAGGACAAAAGGGGAAAGUUGUCUUUUUUGCUAUUCAACUCCCAGUGUAUGAGCAGCAGAAAUCUGUGUUCUCAAAGUAUUUUGAAAGACUUGGGUACAAAGUUGGAGGCAUUUCUGGAGUAACAUCUGACAGUAUCUCAGUGGAACAGACUGUUGAGAACAAUGACAUCAUCAUUUUAACUCCACAGAUUCUUGUGAACAGCCUUAAAAAUGGGACGAUUCCAUCACUCUCUGUCUUUACUUUGAUGAUAUUUGAUGAAUGCCACAACACUAGUAAACAUCAUCCUUACAAUAUGAUCAUGUUUAAUUAUCUAGAUCAGAAACUUGGAGGAUCUUCAGACUCAUUGCCCCAGGUCAUGGGGCUGACUGCCUCGGUUGGCACUGGGGAUGCCAAAAAUACAGCUGAAGCCACAGAAUAUUUCUGCAAAUUGUGUGCUUCUCUUGACACAUCAGUGGUAGCAACAGUCAAAGACAACUUGGAGGAACUGGAGGAGAUUGUUUAUAAGCCCCAGAAGUGGAAGAGGCUUGUGCAGACAAGAAGUAAAAUUAGAAGGCGAGGCAUGCUUAGAACCUUAGAUGACUGGCCAGAUGGCACAAUGAAAAACUUUUUUUUUUUUUCAGAAAACUUAUCUCAAAUUCAAAAUAGGAAUUUUGGAACACAGAGAUAUGAACAGUGGAUUAUCGCAGCUCAGAAAGUGCGCAUGGUGUUUCAGAUGCAAGAUGAAGAGAGAAGGAUUUGUAAAGCACAGUUUUUCUACACGUCGCGUUUCAACAGAUACAAUGAUGCCCUCAUUAUCAAUGAGCGUGCUCGAAUGAAAAAUGCUCUGGAUUACUUAAAAGACUUCUUCAGAAAUGUCCGAGCAGCAGGAUUUGAUGAGAUUGAGCAAGCUCUCACUCAGAGAUUUGAAGAAAAGCUGCAGGAACUAGAAAGUAUUUCCAUGGAUCCCAGCAAUGAGAACCCUAAACUCAAAGAUCUCUGCUUCAUCUUGCAAGAAGAGUACCACUUAAGCCCAGAGACCAGAAUCAUCCUCUUUGGGAAAAACAAAGCACUCGUGGAUGCUUUAAAGAAAUGGAUUGAAGAAAAUCCUAAGCUCAGCUUUCUAAAACCUGGCAUAUUGACUGGACGUGGCAGAACAAAUCAGAAAAUAGGAAUGACCCUCCCAGUACAGAAGUGUGUAUUGGAUGCAUUCAGAACCGACGGAGAUAACAAGAUUCUGAUUGCCACCUCGGUUGCUGAUGAAGGUAUUGACAUUGCUCAGUGCAAUCUGGUCCUCCUAUAUGAGUAUGUGGGCAAUGUCAUCAAAAUGAUCCAAACCAGAGGCAGAGGAAGAGCAAGAGGGAGCAAGUGCUUCCUUCUGACUAGUAAGAUGAAUGACUCCAUUUUAAGCCUGCAGACGUGAGAUGAAGCAGUAUUUAAAGAAAAGGUUUGCCAGAUACAGAUUCAUGAAAAAUUCAUCAGGGAUAAUCAAGGAAAAGCAAAACCUGGGCUUGAUAAGGAAAAUAAAAAACUGCUCUGCAGAAAGUGCAAAACCUUUGCAUGUUAUACAGUUGAUAUAAGAGUGAUGGAGGAAUGCCAUUUCAUUGUGGUUGGAGUUGCUUUCAGGGAGCACUUUGUGAGUAAGUUACACCCCAGACCAAAGAGCUUUGGGAGUUUUGAGAAGAGAGCAAAGAUCUUCUGUGCCAGGGAGGACUGCAGCUAUGACUGGGGAAUCCAUGGGAAGUAUAAGGUAUUUGAGAUUCCAGUUAUAAAGAUUCAAAGUUUUGUGGUGGAAGAUGUUGCAACUGGAGCUCAGACACUGUAUGCAAAGUGGAAGGACUUUCAUUUUGAGACCAUCCCAUUUGAUGCUGCAGAAAUGUCCACUUGAGCUCAGGACCUCAGUCUGCAGGGAAUGGGUGACCUUGAGUGAAGAAGAAAUUAGACCAGUGGGUGAAUCACAGAUCACUUGUACCACUGUCAAGAUAUUUUCCCUAAGGCUGGUA